AUGCGACCUGCUUCGGAACCACAGAGACUUUUGGUCUUCUGUGACGGGACCUGGUGCGGACCGGAGACUGAUACCCGAACCAACAUUCAGAUCUUAGCAGAGUUGACAGGUAUCGACAUGAAGAAUCCGAAAGGGUCAAGAGAACUCGAGGACCCAGCACGAAAGCUUCGAGCAAAAUACUUCAAUGGCAUUGGUCUGGGUAGCACCUUCUUCGCCUAUCUGUUCAACGGUGCGACCGCGAAUGACAUAGGAGACACUUGCGUCGAAAUCUACCAGUACAUUGCACAACACUAUCGCGAAGGAACCGAAGUCUGGGUGUUUGGGUUGAGCAGAGGUGCCUACACAGUACGAUGUGUGGUAGGCAUGAUCAACAACUGCGGUAUCGUCAAGAAUCCAUCCCGCGACCUUUGCGAUCAAGUUUAUCGCAUCUACUCCUCUCCAUACGACGCCGACAAACCGUCGUCCGCACAAAGCAAAGAGUUUCGAUCGAGAGCAAGCUGGGAUGUCACAACGCCAAUCAAGUUCAUGGGCCUCCUGGAUACUGUCGGUAGCAUCGGCAUUCCUUCCCUGGACGCUGGUAAUGGACCUUCCUAUCCCACCCUUUGGGAUCAAGUCGUCUCAAGCAGUGUUGAACAAGUCUACCAUGCUUGCUGUAUUCACGAUCGUCUGUCACUCUUCCAGCCAUGCCUUACGAAGCGCGACCGCGACAAUGGCAAGACAGCUCCUUCAAUCCACGAGACAUGGUUCCCAGGCUGUCAUUACGAUAUCGGUCGUCAGCGCUUCAAGUUCUUACGUAGCAGAGCAGUCGAACCUCUUGAGCGCCUUCUCGUUACUAUCCCAAACCUUCUCUCUGGCACUCUAGAGCCCAACAGUGUCUUGGCCGAUGUCGUGCUACGCUGGAUGCUUCGGGCAAUCAACCACGAAAUGCCCUCCCAGACUGCCAUCCCAGAUAUUGAAACAGAAAUUGCAAGACUUGAGCUACAGAUCAAAUCUGGUCGCGACAACAUCGGAUCUGGUGAUGUCUACUCACCUCAGAAAUCACUCUUCUACGCACCUUUCGGCAAGAUCAUCUCGUUUUUGCCUCAACCUCGUGCGGUAUACGAUGCCAUUUCUGUUCUCAUGGCUGUUCGCGACCGACGUAUACCUGACGAAGGCGCGCACGUGUUUCCCUUUGAAGACAGCUUCGAAGGUGGAAAGAAGAGUAUCAAGGAGCUGGGCGAGGUGACGAAGACGAGGUACCCCAGUCGUACCUAUGAGAGUUGGCAGGCCUGGAGUGCGUACUUCCCGCAAAAAGACGAUCCAGUGUAUAGAAACGGCGAUGUCCAGGGGCAUGGCAAGAUUGUAGGGACUGAUGAGGAGCAAGUGGGUGGUAGUGAGCAAUGA